AUCACUCUCCUUACAUGGAGAACUACUCUGAGGACGAUGACGACAGCUUCUCCUCCGAACAGGAAGGAAGUGACGACGCAGUCCCCCCUCAGGACCUGUAUGAUGAUGAUGAGGAUUUCCAGGGAAAGUUGAAGAAUUCUCGCAAGAAACUGGUCAGAACAACGUCCCUGACUCAGCAAUCGAUCUUCAAACAGAGGUUUGUGUCUCUGCUGAGGAGAUUCAAGGUCCCAGACGAGGUUCUUGACUCAGACCCGGUGGGGGGGGGUCCGGAGGCGGCAGAAGACCUGGACCAGCUGUACGACAGUCUGCAGGGUUACGACCCGAGUGACAGCGGACCGGAGCUCGACGACAGCGACAUCAUCAUGGUCUCGCCAAAACCCAAACUCAGGCCUUUCUUUGACGGGGUUUCUCAUUCGAGCUCUCAGAGUGAGAUUCAGACGCAGAAACAACAAACUGAAAUGGAGAUUCCUGCCACUCAGGGGCCCCGAUUACCAUCUGAGAUCCGAGAAGAGGAGGCGGGCCCCGUGGAAGUUGAGGUUGAGCCCCCAAAACACAUGUCAACAAGUAAGACACGAUGUCAGCUGUCUCGCCACUCUUGGGGAGCCUCCAUGAAGGACAGACAGAACCACAGCAGCAUGGACAGUGAGACUUCCAUGGACUGCAGGAUACUUCCUCCACAGGCUGCCAGGAAGUCGGUCCUGGAUCAGCUGAACCACAUCCUGUUCUCUGAGGAGCGGAUCCCCGACUCCAUCAUCCUGAUCAACACCUCCGACUGGCAGGGGCAGUAUCUGUCGGAGAUUCUCUUCGAUCAGCCGAUCGUCUGCACCUUGUCAGCCGCCGACGUUCAGGCCGCCUUCAGCGCCAUCCUCAGCCGGAUCCAGAGAUUCUGUAACUGUAACUCGCACACCCCCCCCACCCUGAAGGUGGCGGUGGCCGGAGACCAGACCUACCUGAGCACCGUGCUCUGCUGCUUCGUGGAGCAGAUGGCCAGCAAGACGCCUGAUUGGCUGAACUACGUCCGCUUCCUCAUCCUCCCCAUCGGAGCUCACCCUCUGGCUAAGUUCCUGGCGUCUCUGGACAGCCGGUUCAGCAGCCUGUUCAUGGAUCCCGACUGGAGGGAUCUGUUCGGACGAGUGGAGUCUCCUGCUCUGGAUCCUGUGGGUGUCGCAGGGCGAGUGUCUCAGUACCUGAGCGGAGCGGCUGUCUCUCACCUGUGUCCCAUAUCAGAGGCCAUGCUGACCUGCAAACACAAGAGCCCCGACGACGACUACUGUCAGAAGUUUGUUCCUUUUAUCGGGGUGGUGAAGGUCGGCAUCGUGGAGCAGAACCUCCGCUCCAUCUCACUUGACUCUGGUGACAUCAUCCUGGGAUCUCCUCCCAGCCAAUCAGGAGCUCCCAUCACUCCUCCUCCCUCCCCCUCCACCAGCUGUCUGGGGGAGGUGAAGGAUCUGCAGGUCGACUACUGGAGCCAGGGAGGAGGAGGAGGAGGGGAGGUUGGGAUGAAGAACAGCCUGAAGAGUAACUUCCGCUGCCUGCAGGUGUCCAGGAUCAGUGGGGGGGGCGAGCUGAUGAGCAUGACGGUGGUGACCAGAGAGAAGAACAAGAGAGUCAUGUUCCUCAGUAAGAAGACGAGGGAGAAGGAGGCGGAGUCGAGGAGUCAGCUGAUCGAAGGAAUCAGUCGACUGAUCUGUACCUCCAAACACCAACACACACUGAGAGUCUCAGUAGACGGAGUUGAAUGGAGAGACGUCCGGUUCUUCCAGCUCGCCGCUCAGUGGCCGACUCACGUCAAACACUUUCCUGUGGGGGUGUUCAGCAAACCCUGACACACACACACACACACACACACACA